CCCAAGUGAAAAAAAAAAAAAAAUGGUCAAAAUCAUUAUAGGUGGGUGGUCCAUGGGUUAAACCCCAUAGACGACCCAUCUAUGAAACAAGCCUUCUCAAGGACUAACAGUUUUUGCUUUGAAGGGUAGUGACAAUUGCUUAUUUUCUGUUGGUUUUAGAGUUACAUAAGGCAAAGAGAAGCGAAGAGAGAUGGAGAAUUAUCAACCUGCUUCCCCAAGAACUGAUCGCAAGACUGUAGAGAGGAAUAGGAGAAAUCACAUGAAGACUCUCUACUCCGACCUCAAUUCUGUAAUCCCCAAUCAAAACUCUAAGUUGAUGGACUUGCAGGAAGCAAUGCCGAUGCCUGAUCAACUGGAAGAAGCUACUAAUUAUAUAAAAAGGCUAAAGAAUAAAUUGGAAAGACUGAAGGAGAGGAAAGAACAAUUAAUGGGGAUAGAAAGAUUAAGCAAAAGCAUGAGCAGCAGUGGAAUGACUACAGUGGAAUUGAGAAAACCGCCUCAUAUUGAGAUUCAUGAUAUGGGUUCUGCUUUAGAGGUGAUUCUGAUAAGUGAGUUCUUGAGUCACUUCAUGUUCUAUGAGAUUAUCCGUGUGCUUCAAGAGGAAGGUGCUGAUGUUGUCAAUGCCAACUUUUAUCUACUCGGCCAAACAUAUUUCCACACCAUACAUUCAGAGGUGGGAGAGUCUACUUUUGGUUCUGGAGCUGCAAGGAUUUCCAGCAGACUAAAAGCGUAUGUCCAUGAAUUCUUUAAUUCUCUCUGAAUAUUUGGACCGGAUAGUUCAGUAGUACGGCUCAUCCUCCCUCAGUCCUCUUUUCAGUUGAAAAUACAAUAUUAUUUCCAGAGUAUGGAGAGAAAAGGAAGAACAAUAUUCAUUUAGGCAACUCCAUCUUGUUGGAUAUGAUUUGUUAAAUUGUGUUGAGUUCCAAGAUUAUGGCCUGGAAAGGGGAACACGAUAUUCCAAUAGCUGAAACCAAAGUAGUCAAAUAAGGCUUCGUAGAUAUGCAGCCGAAAAGAUUAGGCUAUUCAACAAGUUUCCAAUUAUGAGUAGAGACUUAUGCAUUUAUUCUUAUUCUCUUCUCUCUACUUUAAUCAGGCGAGUUAAUUUACAGCUGUUUAAAGCUUUAUAAGUACAGCAAAGGGAUUCCAUGUGUGAAUCAUGCACUGUACGAGAAUGGUUCUAAGAAGACCCUAAUAACCCAACCCCGCUCCACACACCUCCCCCACCCCUCCCCCU